AUGAGGCAGGCUGGGACGUAUUCGGGGAUACUAUCAGGAGGGAUAUCUGGAAAAACUGGACCUCAUUCAUUUCCGUUGGCUAGAAUAAAGAAAAUCAUGAAGAAAUCAGGAGAUGAUGUGAAGAUGAUAUCUGGGGAGGCUCCCAUUGUUCUCUCCAAGGCUUGUGAGCUUUUUGUUGAGGAAAUUACCAGAAGGGCUUGGAUGAUGACCAUGCAAGGCAAGAGGAGGACACUUCACAAAGAAGAUGUUGCUUCCGCUGUUAUAGCCACCGAUAUUUUUGACUUUCUUGUCAAUUUGGUUUCUGAACGCUCUGCUACUUCUGAGCAGGAGGAGAUCACUACUCCACCAGCCAUGGAUUUGGAGAGAUAA